UUUCUGGGACCAGAGAUGGAAACGGAUUCUUCUGUGGAGAGACUUGCCUUGGCAGCGUUUUUAUUUACAGCUUCUCUCCAAGAUAAAAUGGCAAAUCCCAAAGAGAAAACUGCAGUGUGUCUGGUAAAUGAGUUAGCCCGUUUCAAUAGAGUCCAGCCCCAGUAUAGACUUCUGAGAGAAAGAGGGCCUGCUCAUGCGAAGAUGUUCUCAGUGCAGCUGAGUCUUGGUGAGCAGACGUGGGAGUCCGAAGGGAGCAGUAUAAAGAAGGCCCAGCAAGCUGUUGCUAAUAAAGCUUUGGCUGAAUCGCCCCUUCCCAAACCAGUGCAGAAACCACCCAGAAGUCAUGUUAAUAAUAACCCAGGUAGUAUAACUCCAACCGUGGAGCUGAAUGGGCUUGCUAUGAAAAGGGGAGAACCUGCCAUCUACAGGCCGUUAGAUCCAAAGCCCUUCCCAAAUUACAGAGCCAAUUACAACUUUCGGGGCAUGUACAAUCAGAGGUAUCAUUGCCCAAUGCCCAAGAUCUUUUAUGUUCAGCUGACUGUAGGAAAUAAUGAAUUUUUUGGAGAAGGAAAGACUCGGCAAGCUGCUAGACACAAUGCUGCAAUGAAAGCCCUUCAGGCACUGCAGAAUGAACCUAUUCCAGAAAAAUCUCCUCAGAAUGGCGAAUCAGGAAAAGAAAUGGAUGAUGACAAAGAUGCAAAUAAAUCUGAGAUCAGCUUAGUGUUUGAAAUUGCUCUGAAGCGAAAUAUGCCCGUCAGUUUUGAGGUUAUUAAAGAAAGUGGACCACCACAUAUGAAAAGCUUUGUUACUCGGGUGUCAGUGGGAGAGUUCUCUGCAGAAGGAGAGGGAAACAGCAAAAAGCUCUCCAAGAAACGUGCUGCAACCACCGUCUUACAGGAGCUUAAGAAACUCCCGCCUCUUCCUGUGGUUGAAAAACCAAAACUGUUUUUUAAAAAACGCCCUAAAACAAUAGUAAAGGCUGGACCAGAAUAUGGUCAAGGAAUGAACCCCAUUAGCCGCCUGGCUCAAAUUCAACAGGCCAAAAAGGAGAAGGAGCCAGAUUACGUUUUGCUUUCAGAGAGAGGAAUGCCUCGACGUCGGGAAUUUGUGAUGCAGGUCAAGGUAGGCAAUGAAGUUGCUACUGGAACAGGACCUAAUAAAAAGAUAGCCAAAAAAAAUGCUGCAGAAGCAAUGCUGUUACAACUUGGUUAUAAAGCAUCCACGACCCUCCAGGAUCAACUUGACAAGACAGGGGAAAACAAAGGAUGGAGUGGUCCAAAGGCUGGGUUUCCUGAACCAACUAAUAACACUCCAAAAGGAAUUCUUCAUUUGUCUCCUGAUGUUUAUCAAGAAAUGGAAGCCAGCCGCCACAAAGUAAUCUCUGGCACUACCCUAGGCUAUUUGUCACCCAAAGAUAUGAACCAACCCUCAAGCUCUUUCUUCAGUAUAUCUCCCACUUCGAAUAGUUCAGCUACAAUUGCCAGGGAACUCCUUAUGAAUGGAACGCCUCCUACAGCUGAAGCCAUAGGUUUAAAAGGAAGUUCUCCUACUCCCCCUUGUUCUCCAGUACAACCUUCAAAACAACUGGAAUAUUUAGCAAGGAUUCAAGGCUUUCAGGCAGCUUUAAGUGCCUUGAAACAAUUUUCUGAACAAGGACUGGAUCCAAUGGAAGGGGCAAUGAAUAUUGAAAAAGGUUCUCUUGAAAAACAAGCCCAGCAUCUGGGAGAGAAAGCGGACAAUAACCAGACACACCCGGGCCCCAUCGCUCAGGACUGCAAGAAAUCAAAGCCGGUCAUCUAGCAGCUCCCAGAACCAGGGCUGCCACCGCAUCCUUAUAAACCUGUCAGCACGCAUGAGGGUGUCUGUGUUCAAGGAAAUGAAUGACUAAUACCAUUAUUUGAGUCUUAUGUGAAGACAACACUAUUCUAACACAAGAGAUAAUAUACAUAGUACUGUUUGUUCAACCGGGGAAAACUAAAACUUUGAGCGUUUCCCUUGGAACUCGAGAUCAGAUCAUAACUCAUUUGCCCAGAGGCAGCGGAAAUCUGAUCCUGCUACUGGCGCUUAAAAUAACAAUUAAGGAAAAGUGUUAGAAACAGAGGUAAAAUUUUUAAAUGAUUAAUAGAGAAAUUGGGUUUGGUUCUGUUAUGAUUGUUUUGUCGUGGCACUUGUGUUCAGUUAUAUUCUCUCUCUCUCUCUCGUUUUAAAUAAUGCUUGACGAUUCAAAACUUAACCACUGACGUGCUGUGGAAUGUGAUGGUUGUUGUCUUCAUAUAGAGUCACACAGUGUCUCUUUUUAUGCAGAUAUUUGUAAUCUUCAUCCUGUAUCAAUAUGAAUAACUUUAAGGCGCACUACUCAAAGACAUAUGCAAACAAACAUGGUUUACAUCAGGUCAGAUAUUUGAUUAAAAAGAUGAAAUAAUGUUAGGCACAACUAGGUUCAGUGUACUCCAGGAACUAAAAGACAAAAACAAAAACCACUUGUGGGUUUUGAUCUCCAUAAUGCUAUUAGCCACUAAGAAGGCGUCUUGCCUCUCUCUACACACCAUUUCUCUGCGUUCCACGGUCUGUUGUGGAAAUCACACCCACCCCAUCCGUGUGUUGUAGCCACUCACUGUUGCAUCAAGAGUGUUUUCAGUAACUGCCUCUGGACUUGGGACAGUGAGUAGGGUCAAAAUAAAUACUGUACAUGGCGGGGAAGGGAAAGCCUGUUGGAGGAGCCGGGAAAGCAUUGCCAGCUUGUCUCCAGCCACGCUCUGGACCAGCAUGUUGGAAUCCAGCGUGUAGCAAAUGCAGUAAAAAU